AGAUAUCCAACAAAUACCCCCCCAUCACGGGCUCAACUCUCAAGAGAUCCAUUCACAUUUCACUCACAAUGUUGGCCUCUACCCGCUCUACUGCUGCCCGCUCUGCGGCUUCCCUCUUGCGUCCCGCAAGCCGUUACAUCUCUACUACCCAGCAGCCUCGGAUGGCCGAGGUUGCCUCUUCUACCGCCACCUCUGAGCAGCCUACUCGCGAGCAGGAGCCCCGCUUCAAGACUUUCUCUAUCUACCGCUGGAACCCCGACCAGCCCUCCGAGAAGCCCAAGAUGCAGGAGUACAAGGUCGACCUCAACAACUGUGGUCCCAUGAUUCUCGACGCCUUGAUCAAGAUCAAGAACGAGCAGGAUCCUACUCUUACCUUCCGUCGUUCAUGCCGUGAGGGUAUCUGCGGUUCCUGCGCGAUGAACAUCGAGGGUGGAAACACUCUUGCCUGCUUGUCCCGUAUCAACGUCGACACCGCCAAGGAGACCAAGAUCUACCCCUUGCCCCACACCUACGUCGUCAAGGACAUCGUCCCCGAUCUCACCCAGUUCUACAAGCAAUACAAGUCUAUCCAGCCAUACCUUCAGCGUGACUCCCACCCCGAAGGCCAGGAGAACUUGCAGACAAUUGAGGAGCGCAAGAAGCUUGAUGGUUUGUACGAGUGUAUUCUUUGCGCGUGUUGUUCGACAUCUUGCCCGUCUUACUGGUGGAACUCGGAUGAGUACUUGGGUCCUGCGGUUUUGAUGCAGGCUUACAGAUGGAUGGCGGAUUCUCGUGAUCAGGCCGGUCCUCAGCGUAAGGCGAUGAUGCAGAACUCUAUGUCUUUGUACAGAUGUCACACCAUCAUGAACUGUGCAAGGACUUGCCCUAAGGGAUUGAACCCUGGAAAGGCCAUCCAGGAGAUCAAGAAGUCUUUGGCUUUCGACUAGACGUGUCGUCGUCAUAGUUAGAGGAGACUUGGAGUUGGAGGGCGGAAAAGAGG